UCCAUCUUUCCUAGACGAAUCCCUUCCCCAUGUGAUGCUUGUGGCUUGUCUCUUGAAACACACAUGACCUCGUCUAUGCUUGUCUUUCAUGUAACUUCAUGGUCCACAGGGCAUGUAUCUACUUACCCCGUGUUAUUAAAAUCACCCGUCAUCCACACCGUUUAUCUCUCUCCCUCUCUUCCUUCCGGAUUAUUCCGUUGUGGUGUCUGUCGCCGUACCAUCGAUGUCACCUACGGACAGUUUUCUUGCAAUAAGGGAUGUCACUAUGCUGUGCAUUCCAGAUGUGCGGUACAAGAAAGAGUAUGGGACGGAAAAGAUCUUGAAGGAGUUCCAGAAGAACCCGAUGAAGACGUCGAGCCAUUCGACAGGAUCGAUGACGAGACAAUACAACAUUUCAGCCACGAGCAUCAUCUAAGACUCCACAUGAACGACGGAGCUUGUGAUGAAAACAAGUUCUGUCAGGCAUGCAUCAUACCAAUCUUAGUGUCUGAAAGUUUUUAUGGUUGUACGUUGUGCAACUUCCUUCUCCACAAAGCAUGUGCGUCAUUUCCUCGUAAAAAAGACCAUCCCAUACACAAACGCCGGCUUAUACUUUAUCAAAUCCCUCCUGAGCCACUCGAGGUUGUGCAGCUCCAGGGAGGGGAUGGCAUGUUCAAAUGCAGUGGUUGUGACCAAUCAGGUUAUGGUUUCGUGUACAUAUGCAGCGAGGAAGGCUGCCAAUUUUAAUUGGACGCACGUUGCGCUUCCCUUCUGGAUCCUUUCAUCCAUGGAAGCCAUUCACAUCAUGAUCUCUUCUUCAAUCUCACAAAGGGAGAAUGCAUGGGGUGUGCUAAACAUUGUUUACCAUUUUACCUAGAGUGUCUGGAAUGCAAGUCAUUCUUGGGCCUAAAAUGCGCUACUUUGCCAAAUAAGAUACACUACAAGCACGAUAAGCAUCCACUCGCUCUCUGCUACAGGGAAGAAGAUACAACAAAUGGUCAAUACUGGUGUGAAAUAUGUGAGGCAAUAUUACUGGCAAAAGAGUGGUUCUAUACGUGCAAUGACUAUUACAAUGUCACAGUUCAUGUUAGUUGCUUGCUGGGAAACCCAAUCUUCUUGAAGCCCGCGUCCUUCGACAUAAACGAUGUUACGGUUUCAGUUAUUCGUAACAGUGAUAAAACUCGAGCAAUUUGCCAUAGGUGUGAUAGUCGUUCCGUACAGCCCUUUUUGUGCAAGUUCGCAAAUGCGUCUUCGUGUUCUUUUGAUUGUGUAUGGAAAAGAGUUAUUCAAGUUAUAUAGCAUUAAGGUUUCCAAUAUAGCUCUGGAUACAUUGUUCCUAGGUGCUUUAGCUCUGCGUUCUCGAUGCUCCAUCAAAGAAGAUGCUUUUGUG